UCAGGAGGAGACUUUACUCAUGGCCUAUGAGACAGAAGAUCAUGAGACUCAAUACUGCUUUCCUGCCAUUAACUCAUCAUGCAUCAAGACAAAACGCUCCACACAUGAAUACAAUAUCAUGUAUGUGUUUUUUUCAUUGCUGUCAGUAUGGACUGUGUUUUUGAAUCUGCUGGUGAUCAUCUCCAUCUCUCACUUCAAGAAGCUUCACACUCCAACCAACAUGCUCAUUCUCUCUUUGGCUGUGUCUGACCUGCUCGUAGGACUUAUUGCGAUACCUGUAGAGGCCAUCAAACUGACCGAGACUUGCUGGUACUUUGGAGAAAUUUUCUGUGGACUGUUUAUGGUUUUCCUUGGAUUGUUUCUCUCUGUAUCUCUUAGUAAUUUAAUUUUAAUUGCUCUUGAUCGUUUUAUUGCUGUGAUUUACCCUUUACUGUACACACAGAAAAUAACCAUGACUAAAAGUUUAGUGGCUAUUUUUCUCAGCUGGUUUUUCUCAUCAGCUUACAACACUUCCCUUAUGGUCGGUAAUGUAUUUUUUGAAACUAACGUUUCAUACAGAUUCGGUGUGUGUUAUGGAGAGUGUACCUUUGUUAGUAGUUUUGGAUGGAGAGUGAUUGAUCUCUUUGUUACGUUAUUGAUUCCUUGUAUCACAAUCAUAACUUUAUAUUUAAGGAUCUUCUUUGUUGCACAACGACAAGUGAAAAUUAUAAACUCUCUGGUGAAAAGAGAAAAACGUCUUACAGAAGGUUCAGGGAGGAGGAAAUCUGAGCACAAAGCCGCUCUCAUAUUAGGAAUCAUUGUGGCAAUUCAUCUGCUUUGUUAUAUACCCUUUUAUAUUUUUUCUUUCACAGGUAAUACAAUAAUUCCUGUUGCCACAGCCAAUUUCCUAUCAUGGACAAUGUAUGUGAACUCAGGAGUAAAUCCCCUCAUAUAUGCUUUCUUUUACCCCUGGUUCAGAAAGGCACUUAAACACAUCAUCACUCUUAAAAUAUUUCAUCAGGCAUCUACUCUUGUAGACAUGGUUGCAGAUCAUCAUUCAUAA